AGCGGAAGCGGCGCCCGCGGUGCACUGUGGGCUGGCGGCGGCUGAGGCGGAGCUGGGUCUGAAUGAAGGCGCCGCGGGCGAGGGGCCGCUGGGUGCCCUGAGGCUGCCCCGCUCCCCGCGUCUCUCCCCUCCCUUCCCUUCCCCUGCGGGCGGGCAGCCGCCGCCCGGUCCCCGCCAUGUCCUACAACAAGAUCCCGCCGCGCUGGCUCCACUGCCCCAGGAGGGGACAGCCCGUGGCAGGGAAGUUUUUACCUUUGAAGACAAUGUUAGGACCAAGAUAUGAUGAACAGGUUGCUGAAGAAAAUCGUUUUCACCCGAGUAUGUUAUCCAACUACUUAAAGAGUCUGAAGGUUAAAAUGGGUUUACUGGUAGACUUGACCAACACCACUAGAUUCUACGAUAGAAACGAUAUAGAAAAAGAAGGGAUUAAAUACAUAAAGCUCCAGUGUAAAGGGCAUGGUGAAUGCCCUACACCUGAAAAUACAGAAACAUUUAUUCGUGUGUGUGAGCACUUCAGUGAUAAGAAUCCCUCAGAGUUUAUAGGUGUCCAUUGCACACAUGGCUUCAAUAGAACUGGAUUUCUGAUCUGUGCCUUCUUGGUUGAGAAGUUGGAUUGGAGUAUUGAGGCUGCUGUGGCUACUUUUGCUCAGGCUAGACCACCAGGUAUUUAUAAAGCAGACUAUUUGAAAGAAUUGUUUCGUCGUUAUGGAGAUGAAGAUGAUGCACCAUCACCACCCGAGCUACCAGAAUGGUGCUUUGAUGAUGAUGAAGAGGAGGAUGAUGAUAAUGGUAAAACAGGCGGCCAAGAAUCAGAACCUGGAUCGUCAAGCACUUCCUUUGGCAAAAGGAGAAAAGAACGUCUAAAACUGGGUGCAAUUUUCUUGGAAGGAGUAACAGUUAAAUGUGUGACCCAGGUGACAACACAACCAAAGUUAGGAGGAAUACAGCAAAAAUGUCAGCAGUUCUGUGGAUGGGAAGGGUCAGGAUUCCCUGGAGCACAGCCUGUUUCCAUGGACAAACAAAAUAUUAAAUUUUUGGAGCAGAAGCCAUACAAAGUUAGCUGGAAAGCAGAUGGCACUCGGUACAUGAUGCUGAUUGAUGGCAAGAAUGAAGUUUAUAUGAUUGAUAGAGACAAUUCAAUUUUUCAUGUAUCUAAUCUGGAAUUUCCAUUUCGUAAAGAUCUUCGCACACAUCUAGCAAACACUCUUCUGGAUGGGGAAAUGAUCAUUGACAAGGUUAAUGGACAGGUCGUCCCUCGGUACUUGAUAUAUGAUAUUAUUAAGUUUAAUGGCCAGCCUGUUGGAGACUGUGAUUUUAAUGUUCGACUUGCGUGUAUAGAGAAAGAAAUUAUAUUUCCACGCCAUGAAAAGAUGAAAAAUGGUCUUAUUGACAAAGCACAGGAACCAUUCAGUGUUCGAAAUAAACCAUUUUUUGACAUCUACGCUUCAAGAAAGCUCCUGGAAGGAAGCUUUGCCAGAGAAGUUAGCCACGAGGUGGAUGGAUUAAUAUUUCAGCCUACAGGAAAAUACAAGCCUGGUCGAUGUGAUGAUAUUUUGAAAUGGAAGCCACCCAGCCUGAACUCUGUUGAUUUUCGUCUAAAGAUAACAAGAAUUGGUGGAGAGGGGCUACUCACGCAGAAUGUUGGUCUUCUUUAUGUUGGAAACUUUGACAGACCUUUUGCACAAAUUAAGGUGACAAAAGAACUGAAACAGUAUGACAAUAAGAUUAUAGAGUGCAAGUUUGAGAACAACAGCUGGGUCUUCAUGAGACAGAGAAUAGACAAAAGCUUCCCAAAUGCCUACAGCACUGCUAUGGCUGUAUGCAACAGCAUCCAGAAUCCAGUCACAAAGGAGAUGCUGUUUGAGUUCAUUGACAGAUGUGCAGCAGCUUCUCAAGGACAGACACGGAAACACCACCUCGAUCCCGACACAGAACUUAUGCCACCCCCACCACCCAAAAGGCCACGUACCAUACCAUAAGGCCUUGACCUCAGCAGAUAGUGUUUACAGUUCUGCAGAAGGAGAAACACAAGUGUGAAGGCUGGAAGAGAAAAACUGAAUUGCUGUAAAUACUUGGCUAUGGGGGUUUGAUUUUAGAGGGGAUUGAGUGGUUUUUUUCCUCCCAGAUUCCACAUACAAAUGGACAUUGUUUUUUAACUGGUAAAGUCAACCUUAUCAUGUGGUAUUUGAAGAUAAAUUUUCCAAAGGUCUAGACAAAAACAGUACAGUGAAGUCAAUGGAAAGCUGCCUUGUUUAUAUAUGGAUCUCUUUUCACCUUUAAUUUAUAAUGUCAGCAAUCUGGAACUGAGAAGACAUUGGGAUGCUUUACUUUUUAGAGGCUGUGCUUAAAAAAAAGAAAGAAAAAAAGCAGAAGUGUUUCUUUGUUAUUGUUGUUUAACUGCUUGCAGUUUGUCACCCGUAGUGUAACAGGUCAUGGUUUCCCUGCGUUUCUGAGACUUGUGUUAAACAGUGAACAGCAGUGUUGUUUGUGCUUUAUGUUAGUUCAAAACUAAACCACCAUCGAUUUCACUAAUUUCAAAAUUAGCUGGGGUUUUGUUGUUGAAAUACAAAAAAUGUGAAUCUUUCAUGUAAAUAGCAUCACUUUGAAAGACAAUGUGCUGCGUGUUUGGUGUCCCCCCCCGAUUUGAACUUAACACACCAUAUGUAUAAUGGGCUGAUUUUGGCUUUGCCUUCGUAAGUCUACCUGUAGAUAAGGAAUACACCAAAUCCUUAGUAUUAAGGUCUCUGUUAGGAGACUGUAGUACAGGGCUUGUUUCUCCACAGUGAUACCAUUGUAAAUAUUACUAAAAUGUACACAUCACUGUGAUAUGCAAGAAUAAUAAUCAGUGCUAAUCAUAAUGUCUUAGUUCCAGGCACAAAAUGGCAAAAGAAAUGCCAGACAAUGCCUGUGUAAACUACCAGAGAAGGUAGUUUCAGUGGGAGAGAACCACAUCAGGCAGAAAUGAUCCUGGUUUAAGUAAUUGCAGGGCAAAAAUAAGCCAUUUAGGAGGUGGAUUAGUGUCCCAGGGAACAGGAUGCUCAUUUCCAAAGGUGGGGUUGGCUGUCCUGUGGCACCAUGCUCCUCCUCUGGCUGACUUUCUUUCAUACCAAAUGAAGAAGCACACGAAUGCCCAGACAGCUGUUAUUGCAGCACACUGGCAGAUGUUCGUAAUGUUCAUCCUGAGAAGCUGCAUUCUGGGUGUUGAAGGAAAGAGUUAUUCUCAGCUAGGAUUAAUUGGAAACCAAAUGCAGAUUCUAGAGUUUACUGUGCAUUUAUCAAGCAGGGAUCGAAUUGGCUCUUCUUCUGGUUUACUUAGUGUGUGAGUCUUCCGUUCAUUCAGCAAUCUGAUAAGUGAAGCUCAUAAAUUUGUUAUAACUAAACCACAUUUCUCUUUCAAUGGGUUUUAAUGUUAGUAAGAAAAAUUAACUCCUGCUUUUUUUUUUCUUUCCCUGUAUUUUUUAUAUGGAAACUUUAUGAGUGUGCGUUUUGGUGGCUUCUCUAGUUGUUUCAGCCUGUUGUAUAAAUGCACACAGCAUCAUUUAGAUGACGUUCCUAGCAUCUCUUUCUGGGGUAUUCCAUACAUGUUUUAGGGAACUGAAGGAGUCACGUAAGUUACUUUUUAUACUAUGGUAAAACUUGAGGGGAAAAUGUAUUCAUCAAAAAAAAGUUUUUUUCAGCUGUACAUAGUUUCUGCAUAUUAUCUAUAGAAAAGAUAUAAUUAUCACCUAUGCAAGGGCGCAAAAUUAUAUCCUAAGAAGAGCCUUAUGAGUUUGAUGUGAAAACCUAUGCAGCCUCUGUGCAUCUGGCAUCAAAACACACAAUUAUUUCUUCACUCAGUAUAAAUAAUUUCUCCAGAUUAUACUUGUCAUUGAGAUUGUCAUAACAUACACUUCGUCACUGAUCUUCAUGGUUCUAUGGCAGUUGCAAUGUGUGUGAUGAUUACAGCCUUCUCCAUGAGGUUAGGACAUUUCAUUCUUGUAAGGAUGUGUCCAGGUUAUUUCUGUCCUCCUCUUUCCCAGCUCUUGCAUCUUGUAUUUCAACAAGACCUAGCUCUUCCACUUCCGAGCUGUAGCACCACAGGCUGCCUUUCACCUGCAUUCCACCAAGCCCAUGGAUGUGUUGUGGCCCUUGUAUUUUUGAUAGUGUGGUGUUUUUCCCACUCUCAGCUUAAACUGGAUAUUUUGAAAGAAUAAUGACUCUGAGAAGGUUUAGAGCUCCACAUUAAUAUGUGAUUGUUGAACUCUUCUUGCACUAUGACCUGUAGAUUUUUAGAGAGGUCACUUGCCUUUGCUUUUCUGGAAAAAGAAGCUACUGGGGAAGGGUUGAAUGAAGAACCUGAUGAAAACAAAUAGAAUUUCCCUUGGUUCAGAUGGGUUUAAUCUGUGAGAAAUGCAAACCUCCUCUGUUUACUACUACAUAUUCAAGAGGUUGAAGCUAAGAAGCAAAGAAGAGUCUGUACCAGGAAAAUAAUGAUAAAAGAAAACCAGCCUAACUUGUCUAUUCUUCGGUGUACAGCAUGAAUCCAUCCACUGUUUUGUCAUUUGUUAAAUAUAUAAUUAAAAUUUGGUUUCAGUGGAUUUUCCAGAAAAUGUAAGUACAUUCCUCUACAAACUGUGUAUGAAGUAUUUUAAUAAAAUCAAUGGUUUAAAAUAA